AGUCGUACUUUGACAUUCGCGUUGAGCGGUAGACGGUGCGCUGGUGAACCGAUAAGCGCAACACGGUAUAGAGCUAACCGAAAGCAAGCAAAUGACCAAGAAGAAGAAGAUUUGUGUUUGUAUUUGAAUGACGGUAGAAGAAGAAGAAGAGUUCGAAAUAAAAGUGCCGGUGUUUUUACAAACCCCAACAAAAACACCACUUGUUAAAGUUACUAUUCUGAAUCGGUGUAGAUCUAACUACAAACGCUGCUCUUUUCAAUACUUAGCUAAUCUACCCAGUCCUAAAAACAAAUUCUUUAAUUUCCGGUCGCACGUUCGGCAACAGUCUCGAGGCAGUGUGAAGAGGACGCUAUAACAAUCGAGCAAACAGUCGGUGCGCGUGUGUAUUUUGUUUAUACGCUUCGCGUCGUGCCGCGCCCGCAAACAGGCCUAUUCAAUGGUUUUCACUUAGCGACGCGCAUUAUUCUCGUCGCUGUCGCUGUCAGUGUCAGCACUGAUAGUCCGUUGCGGUUGUGUUUUCAAUUUACCAUUACAUGAACAAACAAUCAAUGACGCAACGCAAAGAAAGGAAAAAGUGAGAAUAAAGAGUAGAUAACAGUUAACGCUGGACGCGCAUCCAGCCUUGGUGUUGUUAAGAUAUACAAAUUGCAAUUAAACCGAGCGAAAAAUUUAAUCCGCUUAAAGUGUUUGUUCUCAACUGAAAGCUUGUUAUAAAAAGUAUUUGUGCGCCUUUAAAAUGCUUUUCAUUAAGUAAAACGCUAACGCGUUGUGCCGCUUGUAAUCACUAUCCGCGCUACCGUUCAAGUGCUUUGCAACUUUACCUGUGAAAAAAGCGCGAACAAUGCGCGCUACUAUCAGUUGUCAAGCGCGCAUACUCUUACUAUCAGAAAAACUGCACAACGAUAUCGGUAUACUAUAAGCCAAUUCAACUAACUAACUUCCGACUAGCAACGCGCAGAAAUCCGCCCAGAGCGCCACUACAUUAGCAACGCGCGACCGCGUUACGCAUAAGCCAACUCGCCGCGACGCCGCUCACGCCUCAUUAAAGUGUCAUAAAAAGUUUCUGUUGUCAUACUAUUACUGUGGUUUUAACAAUAACAAAACCAACAACAAAAGCAUCACUACAUAUUUAUAGCAGGAGUAGGAAACCACCGAGUUGACGCCGCGCGCUAACAAUGGUAGAUUUUAAAAGGAUUAGAUGAGUGUUGAAAGUCUACGAGUACAAUGCUUUGGUCGCGCGUCAUGCGAAAAGACACUAACAAGCAAAUACCUUUUUUCCAACCAACAGCAUUGAAGUUGGAAGUUUGUGUAUGUGCAUGUUGAGAAGCCAACAAAAAACAUUUGAAGGCGACAGUGGAAACGCAAGCGGUGGGCGCAACGCAAACGCUUGCUGUUAAGGCUAGUUGAAAUAUUAUCCCGUGAAAAUGCUGAAAGUGCAAAAUCACCGGGAUAAGUGAGCUUAAGCGAAAGCGACAUUAUAAUAACAAAAGCAACAAAAGUGAGUAAUUAUAUAGUAAAAAAUUCCAUUAACUAUAUGUAUUGCGCGUAUGGCGGUGCCUUAACUCCAAACCCCAAACGCGCAACGCUCCAGACUUCAGAUCUUUUGUGCGCGUCUCCACUUUCAGCAGUUACUUUGUUACGUUAGUCCUUUGUCAGUUAGUGUCACUGUCUGUGCGCGCUGUGAACACAACUAUGAAAAGCGCCCAACUACGCGCUCACACUUAAGGAGCAAACACACACAUGUACAAAUAUAUGGAAAUUCGAGUGUGUGAAAUCGUGCGCGUUUGAUUUUGGCAAAAGUGUAUGCGUAGGUGUUGGUGAUAUAUUGUGCACAAAUUGUAUUCGGCACUUGGCCUAUGCGUGUGUAAGCCUAUCCACAAACCAACUCCUUCGCUUGGCUAGUGAUACGUGUAAAUUGUGAGCGUGUCGAAUUACUAAAAAGGAUAUAUACACGUAUUAUUUAUACAGUUUUUUGCGCAUGUAUGCGAUUUAUACGGAAUAUUCUUGUCGUAGGAUAUCAUUUCACAUCAAUUUCGGUCGAGAGCAGCUCUCCGACGACACAGCAACGCUUCAGCUAGUUUAUAUUCAAGCGGACGUCCACAAUAACAGUUAUCCGGACGGCCCAGGCCGGAGCAGCCGUUAGCGAGUCGGCGUGUUAGCGAAUCAAACGUGUCAGCCGGCCAGGCAGUUAGCUAGUCUGGCGCGUAAGCUGCUCAGCCAUUCAACUGUGCUCAGGCGUUCGGGCUGGCGACCGCAACACCAUUUAAGCUGAUUGCAUCUUGAUAAAAGGUGUCAUACAAAUAAAGGUGAAAGGGUAGAUAGUGACAGAGAAAACGGGCGGCACCCAAAAAGCAAGGGCAUGUCAAGUACCAAUGUGACAACCAAAAAUCUAACGGCAUUUGUCGGUAUGUAAAUGUACGCCACACAUGCCGCCUAUAAGAGACAUAAAAAAUAACACGAGAAAAGAACUGUCGAAAAUAAAAGCCACCAAGAAAAGUGUAGAAAAAUCACAGCUAGAACACUGAUAACACAUAUUAAAAAAUAGAAUAAGAAAACAAACAAAAAAGUGGUAAAAAAAAAGUUGUCGUUGAAGUUUGAAAGACACGUUGCAGCAGCCUCACACAUCACAGCAACAAAAACAAGCUAUAUGGUUUCGCAUACUCAUCUGACGACACAGAAAUGGCAGCUGACGACUGUUGCCUGACCGAUGCGACGACUAACAACCGAAUAAGCACAACGACUACAAGAACAACGGCAACAUUGAAAAACAAAACACAAACUGUUGUAACUACAGCAAGUGCAACCGCUUACACCUCCCCCUCUGCCAUUGUCUGCACGCCAGCUUGUCAACGCAACACAGCUGCGACUGCAACAACAAAAACAACAGUUCACAGCAGCAGUAACUUCAAUAAACAGCAAACAAGAACAUAUUGAGCCGCAUUAAACCGCAUAGCCGACGCCGUCCACACCACAGACACUGCCACAGGCGUUGCAUACGUGGAGGCGCACAAGCGCACGAGCGCAGCCAAGUGUGCGGCUGGCGGCAUUGCAAUCACAACUCGAUACGGCUGUUGAUUGUGCGGCGCUUUUGGUGAAAGUGCUGGUCAACGACCAACAACCAAUUCAGCCACAAAACAACAACAAUAGCAACUAGACGUGCACGCAGUACAUAGCAACAGCGACAGUAGAAGAAGGCAAAAAAUAAACACGAAAUUAAAAGUGCGAAAGAAUCAAAUCACAGUCCUUAGGCAAUACGAGGCGCACUGAAAUUGCCACUGCGUGUAUAACAGUGUGUGUGUGUGUGUCUGUUGCUGACACUGUUGUUGUUGAUUUUUUUUGCGAACAGUCACUGAACUCGGUUUUCCUUCGUAGUCGUCGCUGCCGUUACGCUGUUCUUUCGCACGGUUCGUGUAUUGCUGUGCCAAACAAGUCCAACAAGCAGCACACUCUCCCACGCCUACCACAACGGCGACAACCAGUAGAGCGGGCGUUGAAUGAGCGCACCAGUGGAUAAUAGCCAGCACAAAAAAGAAGUCAACAAACACAUUGCAAAAGAACGCGAAAAGCAAACAAGACAACGCAAAUAUCCAACGUACAACUGCCAUCAGUUGACGUUUUCCACUAUUUUUUUGCAAUUCUCUUCAAUUUUUAUUGGCUCACUCUCUUUCGCCGCUUUUAAAUUGACUUUGGAGCAACGUUUCAACGAGCAUACGUUUGUAAGUUCUCCUCUUCGGCCGCGCUGCCAGCAUCCUUUAGCCGUUGUCUGCUUUAAUUGAGUUGACUACUCGUACGAAUCUCAAAGCCGCAUCGCUUUCCCACACCAGCAGUCAGCAGCCGGCAACGGGCAAUAGUGUCAUAGAGAUGGCGUCAAAAUUUUGGUUGAAUGUUUGGUGUGCGCUGGUCGGCUGGUUUCCGUUGCUUGCGAAUGGCUACCUGAAUGUCUUCAUUAGCCAUCGCGAAGUCAUCAAAUUGAUGGGCUUGGAAGCAGACUUGUUCUAUGUGCACGAGGGCGCCAUCAACACUUACGCUAUGCAUUUCACGGUGCCGGUGCCAGCAGAUGUGCAUGAUUUAGAGUUUUCAUGGCAGAGUUUGACCCCGUAUCCGCUGCCCUACACCAUCACAAUCGACUACGAGCACGAGCAGACCGCUUUGGCUGCGCCCACGCUCAGCAUACCCGACAAGGGCUAUGUACCACAGCAGAUUGAGACAUUUCUGGUGCAUCUACCGUGUACGGGGAAUGGCAAUAAGGAGGUGCCGCUUGUCGUCAAUAUGCUUGUGAGCGGUCCACCGCGCACUAAUGACACCAAAUUGCAUUUUAAACGGAAUAAAAUCUGCCUCAAAGGUUUAUUUCCUGUUCCGAAUCAAUCAGCGGCACCCGCCCAAGCGCCGUCGCCGGGUCACGCGCUGUUGGGUGCUGCGGCUUGCGCGCUCGGUUUGGUGCUGGUUGUCGGGUUGAUUGCGUCAGCCAUGUAUGUGCGCGCACGCAAGCAGAUACGCCAGGAUUCGUUGCACACCAGCUUUACUACUGCCGCUUAUGGCAGCCAUCAAAACGUUUUCAUACGCCUAGAUCCGUUGGGGCGUCCACCCAGCGCGAACAGUGGUUCCUAUGCGACUAUCGCUAGCCUGAAUAAAUACCCAUCGGAGUCGAAGAAGUCUUGCAAUAUUUUUGACAGAUUUCGCAGUUCCACGCCGACACCCUCACCCUACGCGACCGCUUUACUGCCCGUAGGCGGCGAUCAAAUCGGCGAUACAAUUUACUCCAAACCAGAGUCGAUCUGUCCCUCGAGAAUAUCUUAUUACGCCUCGUCGCAGCUAACGCAGGUCUACAGCAUGUCCACACCGAAGAGCAGUCGCGGCGGAGGCAAUGGCAGCGUUUUCGGUGGCGCUAGCUCCUCCACCGGCAGUGGUAGUGAUCCCAAAGAGAAGCUACGUCGCAUACCCAACGUGCAGCCGGGCACGCUUAUGUGCCAACACCUUAUAAAAGAGGGCACCUAUGGGCGUAUAUACGCGGGCAAUCUCGGCGACUCGUGCGAUGUAAUUAUCAAAACUGUUGUUGAUGGCGCCUCGCUGACGCAGGUGGCCUGUCUGCUGCAAGAGGCUUCGACGCUAAUCGGUGUGUGUCAUCCGAACAUACUGACGCCUUUGUUGGCGAACACCGAGCUACCAGGUCCACCCGAGAUCGCCUACCCCUAUCCGUCCAAGGGCAAUCUGAAAAUCUUCUUACAGAAGUCGCGUGAACUCAACUCGCCGCUUAGCACCCGGCAAUUGGUGGAGUUCGGUUUGCAUGUGACCAAAGGACUCGCGCAUCUACACUCGAUGGGUAUUAUACACCGCGAUGUUGCCACACGCAAUUGCUAUCUCGAUAUGGAUUCCUACGUGAAAAUUUGUGAUAGCGCUUUAUCGCGCGAUCUCUUUCCCGACGAUUAUCAUUGUCUUGGUGACAACGAGAAUCGGCCGCUCAAGUGGAUGGCUUUAGAAUCAUUACAGAAAAAAUACUUCAACACUUAUAGUGACAUUUGGACUUUGGGUGUUCUCUUCUGGGAGUUGGCCACCUUGGCGCUUACACCUUUUGAAGAGGUGGAUAUUUUUGAGUUGAGCGCAUACCUCUCGGAUGGCUUUCGGUUGGGUCAACCGAUCAACUGUCCCGAUGAAUUCUUUACCGUGAUGUCCUGCUGCUGGCUGGAGGACCCCAAGCAACGACCAUCAUUUCCGCAACUACUCGCAUACUUACAAGACUUUCACGAGGACCUGGGCAAGUAUAUAUAAAUCCAUUAAAAGCUUGUAAAGCGAAGAGUGUGGGAGAGCUUACCAGGGCAAGGGCAAUGCACUUGGAGCGCUGCAAAUGUGUAAAUAGAUUGAAAGCCCGCUAAUAAACUUAAAAAAAAGAAUAGAAAAAUCUAUCAAAUUGAUUGGGCGUUUUAAAUUCAAAUUAGUUAGUUACAAAAAUAAAACAACAAAAGUUAUGCAUGUGAAUGUAAAUAAAAAGCUACACAUAUAUACACACACACACAAACACAAUUGCAAUUGCAGCAUUCAAUUAUGCAAUGAUUUGCAAAAUAAAAACCACAAAAAACACAAAAACAAAUAAAUCUAACAAAAAGCUGAAAUUAAAAGCAUAGAAAGAAGAAAGAAAAAAAAUUAAGGUAUAUUUAAUGAAAUUAAUUUAAUUGGGCUGCAUAAUUUUUUCGAUUUACCAAACGUGACCGAUGUGCGCGCAAAACACACACACAUCUAUGUAUGCCCGCAUAUUUAUUGUUAUUGUAUUGAUUGUACUCAUUAUUGAAUAAGUAUUUAAACGUAUUGUGGUAUAUUUUUUUACAUUUAAGCGAAUCUAUAUGUAUAUGUAUAUGGAAGAUAUUUUUUACACACCCAUUUAACAUAUACAUACGUAUUAGAGCAAAUGUUGGAAUGGUAUUUUAUAUGGUGUAACGGUGAACAGCGCCUGUGCAUAAGUAUAUACGAAAUAUGAUUGAAAAAAUAUGUACGAGCAAUCGAGCUGAUUCAAUAGUGAAAUGUAACACUGGUAGUGAGCAACAACAGCAACAACAACUAGUAUGUUUCAAUAUUUACAUGCGAGUAUAUGUAUAAUAUAUACUUACACACUUAUAUAUAUACACAUACAUACAUAUUUGUAUUAUAUUAUAUUUACAAAAUAGCUAUUUAUCUAUAGUUAAUAUUUAACAUACGCACACACAUACAAACACACAUUUCUGUAUCUGUGUAAAUUGAUACAGCGAGAAAAAAUUGAAAAAAGCGCAACAGGAGAACAACACAAUAGCUGCAAUUGUGCUGAAGUUUAAGUAAAUUUAAUAAAUGUUAUCGACAACAAAGCAUCCCAAGAAUCGUAAAGCAUAAUGACAAAGGGAUAAAUUCGUUGUUAAAUUAUUGUAAUUGUAUGAUAUUAACUCAAUGCCAUAGCGAAAUUCACUUAAUACACACACACACCUACCAUCAGCAACACACACACACAUACUGCCAUUAUUAUUGAAAACAUAGUGCAAUAAACCGCGAAGAGUCAAAAGCAAAGCAAUUUCAUGUUGAUAGAAUAUUUUUUUUUAUUACGAUACGAGUACUUUUGUACAAACAGUUGCUUUUACUAGUUAAUUUAGUCAUACACUUUUUUACAUAUUAUUCAUGCAUGAAUGCGCACUUUUACUUAUAUAAUACAAUAUACAUACAAAUAGUAUGUGUUGCAGGACCUAGAUACCCAGUGAGAAAUGCAAAGCGUUAAGUGGUAUACUUGAAAAGCUAAAAACUAUAUACAAUAAUUAAAAAUAAUUUCAUAAACGGCCUCUGAAUCUAUUUAUUACACUCGACAAGUUCUUAUGAUUUCUCUUAAUUCCAACUACUUAUCUAUUCACGCUGGUCUGCUGACAAACCAAACAUCACCACCCGGACUGCUCAAAAGCACUGAAUUUUCUCGUAUUUAUUGUCGCCUUCAAAGCCUCCUGCACCGAUACAAACAUGCCAACGCUCAAUCUAAUUUUCCAUAUACUUAUUACUAUAAGCCUCGUCUGGGCUGGCCUUCAGAGGUUUUAGCGAAUUUUAUGCUCAGUUUCGGGUCAUUUCUGGAGCGCCAUUCGCUAGAUUGUUGGACAGCCCGAAGCGUCACAUUCAUAAACCCACGUCUCGCCACCAGUAAUGAUGUGUUUUAUGAAUUUAAGGUUCUCAGUUACGUUGUCAAGCGGCUCUUUUGUGACCUCUACUCGACGUCGAUUCAGGUCUCUUGAUACGAGUCUAGUAUUGACACGCUACAUACCCAAAACAUUAACCAAAAUGUAUUAAGUCGAUCCAUAAGAGAUGCAGCGAUCCUCUGCUAUCUCUCUAAUGCCAAAAUGAUGAUUUUCAAGUACUGUUUCUUUAACUUUUGCGAUGUUAACGGCGUUAACAGAGAUGGAUGGACGCAUUAGGAAAGUCUUUAAUGACCUACCGGUGCACUUUUGUAAAAGAAAUAUGUAUAAGUAUCUGUGCUUUAGCUAGCAACGACUCUACUUUUAUUAAAUAACCAAUUCAACCUAUCUUAUUGUCUUCUUAUCAUAUAAUGCUAAAAUUAUUGAAUAUUUCAAAGAAACUGAAAUAAGUUCUCACUAAUUGUUAUUAAAAGGUUAUAUCCACUUGCAAAUCAGAAACAACGCAUUUUUUCUGAAUUUUACAAUUAAUUUAAUAACUAAAAAAAAGUAAUGAACGAUAUCACGAUUUAAUAAACUUUAAUAAUCGAUUCAAACAAUCUAAAAAAAUUUGGAUAGCUUCAUCCCACAGCCGAUCUUCAGAAGGACCUCCAAAAAAUGUUAUAACAAUAAAUGAGCACAGAUAAUGUUCAAAGAACUAGUUAAAAUUUAGAUCUUUAACAAUAUGUCGGCUUCCCAAAAAAGUCGGUGUUUGUGAAAAAGUUUACACUUCUCGCUUAAAAAAUCGAAAUUAUUGUCAAAAAUCCUUUUGCUUCAAUCAUUACAUGACACACAUAUCUAAAAAGGUCGUAUGACAUUUUCAAGUUGAUCGCGUUUCGGAAAAAUGUUCCUCACAGCCUCUGCAAACAGCGUUUCGAGAGCCGAGUACACUAAGUUAAAAAAUGCCUACUAAUAUUCGUAUCUCCGAAACUAUUUGCAAGAUUGAUUUUAAAUUUGCUGAAAAUAUUCUCAAAUAUAAAUACAUAUGUAGAUUCGAUAUAUAGAUUGAAAGUUACAAAAAGCAUUGCGACCCGUGCUCUUCGAUAUAUGUACCAUAUAAACAAAAAAUUCGGUUUUUGAAAUUAACAAGUGGGUACAAUCCCUUAAGUUCGAAGCUUCUUUGUUAAGUGAUUUUAUUUAAUAGCGCCACGAUUUUCCUACUGGGCAUUUAAGACUGAACUGGCAAUACAAAUACAGAUAUGCACCACUAACACACAACAACACUUUCACUUCGCCAACAAUAUCCAACCGGGCGAUCACAAGAUAAUCUCCGUCUAAACGCAGUUUACUGCAUUUGCAAUUCAUUUUGCGAUUUUAUUUAGUUUCACAAAGGAACAUAGAAAUAUUCAAAUAUAUACGAACUUAAAUACUUCUCCAACACAAACGGUAGAUUAUAAUAUAGAAAGCAGAAAACUUGAAUGCAAUAUCCAGAUAACAGAUACAAUAGAAAAUACAGAAAAGAAUGAAGUAAAAAGUCACGCACCAAAAAUCGAACAACUGCCACGCCCAUAUCACGCAACACAAACACACAAACAAAACUAAACGAAAAAAAAACAGUUAUAAUUGAAAAUAAAUUAUAACAGUUGAAGCGAAAAGCGAAAGAAACAUGUAUUAAGUGAAAAUGAAAAUGAAAAAAAAAAAAAACAUGAUAAUGGAAACGAAAACGAUUUGUGAUUGUGUCAAUGUUACAACUAAUUGUAUUUUAAUUAACUUAAUAAAAAAUUAAAGUUGCAAACUAAUAGGAAAAUAAUUAUGCUGUGAAAGCAAAGUAAAAACCCAAAACAAAAAUUAAAGUAAAAGUAAAAACUACCAACAUACAAUAAAACCAAUGAAAAUAAAAUAAAAGCAAAAGAAAAAUUCUACUCGUACUGUUUGUAUAUUUGUAUAUGUCUUCAUUUCACUCUAAGUGUUCUUUGUCCACUUUUGUACACACUCAUAAUAGGUAUGACUAAGAGAAAAAAACUACGUUACAUACCGACAUGUAUACAAAUAAAAAUACAUACAUGCAUACAUACAUAAAUACACACAUUCAAUGCUAAAAACUGUACUUGUAUACGUAACUCUGUAUUUGUAUGUAACUGUAUACGUAACUGUAACUGUAACUGUAACUUUAACUGUACUUGUAACUUGUAUUUUGUAACUGUAUAUUCCAAUAGCUCAUCAAAUCAUCUCACUCAAACUCAAACUCAAUCACUCACUCACUCACUAAAAACUCUCAGUUAUAUCACUUUACUUAUGCAAGAGCAAACUGUGCAAAAACGUUGCAGAAAUAUUGAAAAGAAAAUAAAAAGUAAUUAAAUAAAUUAUGCCGAACCAAAAAUCAAGUCUAAAUGUAUUGUAAUUUCAACUCUAAAAACCAUCGUCAUCUCUAACAGAGUAAAGCAGAGAAAACAAAACUUUUACUAACAUACAUACUUAAAACUAAGCGUAAGUUGAAUCGAAGCAAACUGAAAGCACUUGAAACUACUCUCGUACUAAAAUCACAAAGAAAGAAAACAAAACGAAACAAACCAAAAAACUAUGUGUUAUUAUCAAACUAAACUAAAAAUUUCAAAAACUUUCAGAUGUGUGUCGCUAUUACUUAAGAUUAUGAUCUGAAUGCGGACUUUGGUGAUCACAAUCUUUAGCUCAACUUAAUUGCACUGUAAGUUCAAUCACAUCAAAAUCUAGAAAACACACGCAAAAUACAAAGACAGACAACCAACAUUACAUAUGUAUAGUACAUCAUAAGUGGAUACUAUAUACAAAAUCUAUAUAUAAAUAUACUAGUUUCGAUUUUUGAAUAUUUUUAUGUUUUAUUCGAAGAUACUAUUUUCAAAAUACAAAUAAGAAUUCAUUUUAUUUUUGGUCUAGCUGGUUCGGAUCAUUAGACGGUUUCUUUACAAACUAAGGUAUCUGAUUUAUUAUAUCCCUUAACAAAUAUUUCAACGUUCGUGGUUAUAAAAGGUUUCAUAAAACUCUGAAUCCAGUUUGUGUGUAUACUUCAUCAUGUCAGUUAAGACAGAGUGAGAUAGAGAUAAUUGGAUAAUUCUGAAUUCCUUUUAAGAUAAUAACAAUGAAAACAAGUAAGGAAGGGCUAAGUUCGGAUGUAACCGAACAUUUUAUACUCUC